AGAUCGAUGCUUUACCGGUUCAGGGAGAGCAAGCAGAUGGAGCUCGGCCUCGUCAACAGAUCAGACAGGCGUCCCAAGAUCGCAAGCCAGUGUACCGACUUACGGCAUUGCGAGAAAUGGCGAGGAGAGAUCUUGCGCGAGGUAUCGAGAAAAGUGUCCAAGAUACAAGACAGCGGGCUCACUGACUACGAAGUGCGGGAUCUGAACGACGAGAUCAAUAGGCUCCUCAGAGAGAAGUGGCAUUGGGAGAACCAGAUCAUCAAUCUCGGAGGGGCAAACUACAGACGAGCAGCGCAAGCGACUACAGAUGCGGACGGCAGAGAAGUACCGGGUACACGAGGCUACAAAUACUUUGGACGCGCGAAAGAGCUACCGGGCGUCAAGGAGCUCUUCGAUGGCCUAGCGAAAGAACGCGAAGAGCUAGCAGCACUCUCGAAACCACAGUUCUCGCUCUUCGACGGGCAAGGCCCAGAAUACUAUGGCGACUUGGACGAGAGUGAUCCGGCAUUGCUCGCGUAUGAGCAAACAGAGGAAGCAGAGGACUGGAAAGAUUCAUUCGAGACGCUAGCAGAACUACUUGGCGCAGACAGUACAGCAUUCGACAUACCGUCAUUACCGAAAGCGCGCUAUAUCUCCAUCGACACUGUCAAGCCGAUACAGAAGCGCAUCGAGGAGGCAGCGGACGAGACGAGCGAACCGGCUACAAAAGGCAAACGCAAAGCCGGCGCUGCCAAAUCCCAAGCCAGCAAGAAGGCCAAGACAGUUGCGGAUGACGAUGACGGGCCAGGUCAUGGCAAGAUUCUCACCAUACUUACCAAAGAGGAGCUGCGGCCGCCUGUCCUACCUACGAGUGAAGAGAUAGAGGCCAUGAUUGUAGAGCGGCAGAAGGCUGCCUUGCUCAAAGACUACAUAGGCUGAAUUGUAUCUAUCCGCGUCAUACAAUGCGAUAGCGCGCGCUUCCCGUGGGGGCAGAUCGCCACUUUGCAUUCCAGAUAGCAAGGGCCCUCGAACGUUGCGGUUCAGAUGGACUUGGCUUGGCCAUCGAGCAAGCUGAGCGUGCUCGUCUGAUCCCCUAGAGGUCGUCCGAGGCGCAAGGCAUACCCAUCCGGUCGGAUCCCGAACUCGCAAGUGUCCGCGCAGCCCAUCAAGGAAGCGACCGUGCGCGAGCUUUUCCUUGGGCGAGACAUCACCGCUCUGCUCCAGCCAGACGCAGAGAAGACGGUCAUACACCUCUUUGCCAUCCUCCGACGUGUUGUUGACAAGUACUAAGCGCAAUUGACUAGACAAAUCCGAUACUUUGGCGAGCACGUUCACGUUCACGCGAGAACCGAUACAUCGGACCAAACAGACAUCUCCGCCGCCCAAUCUAC